AUGUAUCAUGGAAUGAACCCGAGCAGUGGAGAUGCUUUUCUAGAGCAGCAGCAGGAGCAGCAGCAGCAGCAGCAGCAGCAACCCCAGCACCAGUUUCCCCCGAGACUCUUCGCAGUGGUUUUGUGGUUUCAGCUAGCGCUGUGCCUUGGCCCUGCACAGCUCACGGAUGGAUAUGAUGAUCUUCGUGCUUGUGCUAACCCUGGAAUCCCAGAGUAUGGCUUUCGGAUCCCCAGUGGAGGUGUUUUCUUCGAAGAUUCUGUAGCCCGAUUUCACUGCCAAGAGGGAUACAAGCUUAAGGGCCCUCCAAGAAGACUGUGUAUGAAACACCUGAAUGGCUCCCUAGGCUGGAUACCAACUGAUACACCGGCGUGCCUACCAGAAGAUUGCCGCCUUCCUUACAUUGAAGAUGCUGAUAUUGGUAAUAAGACAUACAAACAUGGGGAUAAGUUGAUAAUCAGCUGUCACGAAGGCUUCAAGAUCCGAUAUCCCGACUUGUACAACAUGGCAUCGACAUGUCGCAGCGAUGGAUCAUGGGAUAAUCUGCCCAUUUGUCAAGGUUGCCUGAGACCUCUGGCUUCUGCUAAUGGUUACGUCAACAUGUCUGAGUACCAGUCCAACUUCCCCGUGGGAGCAGUGAUUGCCUACCACUGUUUCCCAGGAUUCAAACUAGAGGGGUCAGAGUAUCUCGAGUGCUUAUAUAACCUUAUCUGGUCAUAUAGUCCACCCAGGUGCCUUGCUUUAGAAGCUCAGUUAUGUCCUCUUCCACCUAUUGUGAGUCACGGAGACUAUAUCUGCCACCCAAGGCCUUGCGACCGAUUCAAUCAUGGGACUGUGAUUGAGUUCUAUUGUGAUCCUGGUUACAGCCUCACCAGUGACUACAAGUACAUCACCUGCCAAUAUGGAGAAUGGUUUCCUUCCUAUCAAGUCUUCUGCAUAAAAUCAGAGCAAAUUUGGCCCAAUCCCCAUGAGACCCUACUGACAACAUGGAAAAUAGUGGCGUUCACAGCAACCAGUGUCCUUCUGGUGCUUCUGUUGGUCAUUCUUGCCAGGAUGUUCCAGACCAAAUUCAAGACACAUUUCCUCCCCAGGGGCCUCUCAGGGAGCUCCAGCAGUGACCCUGACUUUGUGGUGGUGGAUGGGGUACCCGUCAUGUUGCCUUCCUACGACGAAGCUGUGAGCAGCAGCUUGAACGCCUUAGCCCCAGGAUACUUGUCUUCUGUGGGCCAGGGCUGCCCCAUGCCAGCAGAAGAUCAGAGCCCACCAGCAUACCCUGGUUCAGGGGACACAGACACAUUGCCAGGGGAGGGUGAAACCUGUGACAGCAUUUCGGGCUCUUCAGAGCUGCUCCAGAGUUUGUAUUCACCAUCCAUGAGCCACGCAGGAGCACGACCUGUUUUAGAAAGAACCAAUGCAGUAGACGCCACGUCUGUAGGAGAAGUGUGCACUGGCCCAAGCAUUGAUAUUGCUGAUGAAAUCCCACUGAUGGAAGAAGAUCCUUAG